AUGCAGACGAAAGGAAAAAGGACACAAUCAAAUUACGAAGCUUUAGGUAUGGCUCCAAUGGGAGAAGAGCAUUUUGGUGAUUCAGUGAAAGCUAAGCUAUUGGCAUUCAAAGCUAAUAGGGCAAAGAUAAGAUAUGCUAAUACAUACAGACUGCAGUCACAUAAUAGAUUUCGGGAUUAUUUAGUAAGAGACAAAGCUCAAGCAAUACUAACGAAUACACUUCAACAAGCCAAAUAUGAUGGAGUUUCUAGUCCUUCCUUGUGCGCUUCGAUCUCAGAAGAAAUAUUAAAGGCUGUGAAGGAAUUGAACUUUGACCGUUAUAAGUAUGUGGUAUCAGUGCUAAUUGUGGAAAAGGCGGGUCAGGCAAUAACUGUUGCCAGCAGAUGGGUCUGGGAUGUUCAGAGAGACACUUGGGUUUCAGCUAAAUGUGAAACUGAAACAUUUAUUGCACUGGCUUUGGUAAUGGCUUGUUACUAUGAGUAG